AUGAAAAUACCUAGAUCAAGUAUUUGGUCAGAUACAGUCACAUCAGAUCUAGCGAAAUUUAAGAUAAUCCAGCCUGGUGGGGAUCAUCACUUUAGCAAGCUUGUGAAUUUAGUGCGAAGAUCAUACAAUAUUCUGAAAGAGGAAACAAGAUAUCGACAACACCCAUGUAAUAUCCUUGAUAGAGAGAAAGAUGACCAAAGAUGA